AAAAACAUGCUGUCAUUUUAAUCUAGAAGAUAAUUUGAGUUAGCAAGAUUUCGAGAGGCUGUUCUUUUUUUUUUUUAAUCUUUUGUGUGUCUUUUAUAUUUGAAAGUAUUUUUGUUACUAAUGCUUGUAGAUUAUGAUUUCGAGCAAACCGACCAAGUUAUUUAUGUUAGCGCUACAAGGAGCGCAAAGUUUUCGUUCAUACACAUCUAAUGCAAUUCGGAAAAAAAUUUGUAUUGUUGGGAGCGGUCCUGCAGGAUUUUACACUGCUCAGUAUUUGUUAAAAAACAAGAGUAUUGAAAUAGAUAUUUUUGAGAGAUUACCUGUACCUUUUGGCUUGAUCAGAUAUGGAGUUGCUCCUGAUCACCCGGAAAUUAAGGUUGUAACAAAUAGUUUUACUAAGGUUGCACAGAAUGAACGAUGUAAUUUUUACGGCAACGUCACAGUUGGAAAAGAUGUAAAGCUUUCUGAGCUCCAAGACAAUUAUCAUGCAGUUGUUUUGGCAUAUGGAGCUAGUCAAGAUAGAACAUUACAAAUUCCUGGUGAGGAAUCAAAGAAUGUGUUGUCUGCUCGUAGUUUUGUAGGCUGGUACAAUGGUCAUCCAGAUCAUGUCAAUGAGCAAAUUCUCUUGGAUACUGACACUGCUGUUGUGAUUGGCCAUGGAAAUGUGGCCCUAGAUGUUGCAAGGAUCUUAUUGCAAAGACUGGAUAAUUUGAAAACGACUGAUAUAACUGAAUAUGCCUAUGAAGCUUUAAAGAAAAGUCAAGUGCAGAAAGUUGUUCUCAUUGGUAGGAGAGGGCCUCUUCAAGUCUCAUUCACAAUUAAAGAGUUGAGAGAAUUGAUAAAAUUGUCUGGAUGUGUAACAAAAAUGAAUGUCACUGAUUUCAAAGGAAUUCCUGAAAUCAUUUCAUCUUUACCACGGCCUAAAAAGAGAAUAACUCAGCUGAUGUAUGACACUGCAUCAAAAAAUGAAACUGGAAGUUCUAAAACAUGUGAAAUAAAGUUCCUGCGAAGACCAAACUGUAUCCUAUCUGAUGACCAAGGAAGAGUAACAAGUUUAAUUUGCAAGAUAAAUAAAAUGGAAGGGACCUUUGAAAAUCCACAAAUAUUACAGACUGAGGAAGAAGAUGUGAUAAAAUGUGGUUUAGUUCUACGAAGCGUUGGAUACAAAAGUGUCUUGAUUGAGCCUGACAUUCCUUUUGAUAAAACUAAGCACAUCAUAUUAAACGAUGGGGGAAGAGUUGAAGGAAAGGAAAAUCUGUUCUGCAGUGGUUGGGUUAAAACGGGUCCUACCGGUGUGAUUGUAUCCACUAUGUCUGGAAGCUAUGAGACUGCAGAAAAAAUCCUUGCAGACAUUGAUAAAUUAGCAUCAAAGCCCUUAGCAGGAAAUGAAAUUAUACUGGAGUUACUCAAACAACGAGGUGUGAAAGUCACCACUUUCAACCAUUGGAUGGAAAUGGAUAAACUAGAACAAGAAAGAGGAAAAGCUCUUGGAAAGCCAAGAGUGAAGAUAUGUGAUAUAGACGAAAUGUUAGAAAUAGUUUAACUAUCUUUUAAUUUUUUUUUCAUGUGAUUUUGUAACAUAUAAAUUUUAUGUUAAAUUAUUCGAUUUCAACCGAAUAGAAAUUAUUAUUUAUGUUUAUAAUUAUGUUGUGUUUUAUUCCUAUGCUGUACAUUUGCUACCAAAAUUUAAAACUUUGUACAGUAACGAAAACUAUAUUGUUAAUCUUAAAAUUUUGAACAUAGCAAUAAAAAAAUAAGUU